AUAGACGACACCCACCCAGCGCACCCACCAUCCCCCAAGAGCUGUUGAGGAAGGAAGAUUUUCAUGGUGAAUAAUAAAAAGCCAAGAUACGGAUUUUUUUUCGUAGAUCAUAUUACGACAACCCUCUUCUUGUUUCCUUGUAUCUUUCCUUAAAAUCUUAUCUCUCGGAGAUAACCACGAGCACAAUCCGUUAAAUGACCUCGAUUUUCUGGGUUAUACACCGGCUCUUUCUCGAAUUCGGUCGCUGCAUCUCCGUGUUCUUCGCCGUGGGUGUCGGAAAAUGUCGCAGAAGAGGCAUUCGGAGCAAGGGAAAAGUCGAUAUGAGGCUGGUUCGCCCGAGGAUAAGCGCAGAAGAUUCAGAAGUGUGGUUCAGGAGGUGAUGAGAUUGCAGACUGUCAAACAUUUGCUAGAACCGGUUCUUGAGCCCUUGAUCCGCAAAGUGGUGAAGGAGGAAGUUGAAUUGGCUCUUGGAAAGCAUCUGACUGGCAAAAAAUGGAUUUGUGAGAAAGAGACGCUUGCUUUGGAGUCAAGGAACCUACAGCUCAAGUUCUUGACUAACCUAUCGCUUCCCGUGUUCACUUCGGCCCGGAUAGAGGGAGAUGAUAGUCAAGCUAUAAGAAUCGGAUUGAUUGAACCAUCAACUGGUCAAAUAGUCACUUCUGGACCUGGAUCAUCUGCAAAAGUGGAAAUCGUUGUUAUUGAGGGUGAUUUUGAUAGCGAUAGCCAUUGGACGGUUGAGGAAUUCAGUAAUAACAUUGUAAGAGAGAGAGAGGGGAAAAAACACCUACUCAACGGGGAAGUAUUUGUGGUUCUUAACGAUGGGAUCGGUGUUAUGAGUGAAAUUUCAUUUACAGAUAAUUCUAGCUGGACGAGGAGCCGGAAGUUCAGACUUGGGGCAAGAAUGGUGGAUCAGUUUGAUUUUGUAAAAGUUAAAGAGGCAACAACAGAAUCUUUUAUUGUUAGGGAUCACCGAGGAGAAUUGUACAGAAAGCAUCAUCCUCCUUCACUAUUUGAUGAAGUGUGGAGAUUGGAAAAGAUAGGCAAAGAUGGAGCGUUUCACAAGCGUUUGGAUCGAGAAAAUAUAAAAACUGUCAAGGAUUUCUUGAUUCAAUUCUACUUAAACCCUCCAAACCUCCGGCACAUACUCGGACCGGGUAUGUCUGCAAAGAUGUGGGAAGUUACUGUGGAACAUGCUCAGACAUGUGUGCUUAAUGGUAGUGUUCAUGUCUACUGUCCUCUUGCCUCUCAAAAGAAAUCAGGCGUUGUCUUCAACACCGUGGCUCAAGUCCUGGGGAUGCUCAAGGAAUUUCAGUAUAUUCCUACUGAAACCCUAACGGAGGCUGAAAAGGUGCAAGCUCGGGGGAUGGUGAUUGCUGCAUUGAGUCACCCCGAUGAAGUAAUCAUGUAUCCCGAUGAGGCUUCUUUGAUGGGAGAACUUUUACAAAAUAACAUGGUAUCAGCUUCGAACUCCUCAGCAAUGGCUACUUCUGGUGCAAGAAAUGUAAUGGUGGCUUCUCAAAAUGUUGAUGGGUUUGAUUACCCUGGUGCUACAAUGGCCGGCUUGGAUAUCUUUGACCUGCAAACUCUUCAAGAUUCAGGACCUGUUAGGUGUUCUCCUCAAGCACCGGCAGCAGGACAGUACACCAUAGAAGCAACUCCACAAGCCUUAAGCGAUGAUUACCAUCUCCGGUAUCUAACCAACAGCCCCAAUCCUCAGUGCUGUCAGAGUCUAGUUUUAGAAGAAUCGCAAGCCGAUCUUCAGAGCAUGCUUGAUGGGUUCAUGUCACAACAGCCUCUUCAUUCAGAUGUAGCUGUGGAGAAGGCCCAGAGAAGAUGGACAAAGCUUUUCAGUGUCCUGAAAUGGCUCUCUGUUCGGAAAUUGGUGGCUCUCAGAAAAACCCACCCUCAAGUAAACUCUGAAACCUAGCCCCGUCCCUGAACAGAUCGAGCCAGUGUGUAUAUAUAUACAAAGCUCUGUUUUUUCGUCAGCCAGAGGCGAAAAAAAACAGAAGGGUUCCUUUUUUUAAGCCCCUAGUGUUGUGGUGAAGCUGGUGAAUAUUUUGAACUUGCAGGUUUUUGCCAUGACAGAGAAGCUCUCUGUCUUCGGAAUCAAGAAGUUUGAUGCUUCUGGUCUGGUUCUAUGUUUUGUGACAGUUGUUAGUGUCUGAAACUUGUGAAUAUCCAUCCAUUUUGGUCUGAUUCUAUGUUUUUUUUUCUCCAUAGUUGGAUUCAAAUGAAACGAAGCUUGCGGAUUCGUUUUGUUUUCUCAA